AAGAACGAGCAGAAGUCACAUGACUGUCUGUCAGCUGUUUGUGUUUACCUCUGUAUUCUCUGAUCAGAGGACAGGUGUGUGUUCUUUAUUCACUUCACGCUGUUUCCUAGGACUAUCAUCAGAAGGAUGUCCUCUCUCCCUCCUCAUGUGAUCUGGAGGUCUGAGGGUCUGGUGGCCUCCCUCUCGCCCCACCCCUGUACUCCGGGGUGUGUAACCCUGCAGCUGUGCCCCCCCGGUCCCCCAGGGAGGAGCGUCUUCCAGCUGGAGGAGCAUCGCUUCCUGCAGCUGCUGCUCGGGGCUCAGAGCGUCUCCCAGCUGCUCUGCCGUCGCCUCGGGGUGCUCAGGUGUGCUCUGGUGCACCGGCCUCACAGAGACACCCCCGCACAGAUCCGGAUCCUGCCUCUUCACGGUCUGGCCUCAGAGUGGCGCCCCCACCUGGCGGGAGAGGAGGAUUACAACGCUGUAGAUCCAGGAUACAUCUCCUCCAGAACGGCCCCCCGCUGGCCCUCCUCUCGCCUCUCUGAGAUCCAGACCCGGAUCAGAGCCCAGCUCCCAGAACCCAACGCCCCCCAGAACCUUUCCUUCCUGGGGGUCGACCCGGCGGACCCCGGCCUGUUUCCUCGCAUCAUUCGGGGGGAGGAGGAGGAACAAUGGAGGGUUUGGGAGGACCAGAGUCACGUGGCCUUCCUCACGCCCUUCCCAAACUCCCCCGGGUUCACGGUUCUGGUGCCGCGCCGACCUCUGACCUCCGAUAUCUUCAGGUUAGAGAAGCAGGACUACGAGGGGCUGGUUCUGGCAGCACUGAAGGUGGCGAGGCUCCUGGAGGCGGGGCUUGGAGCGUCGGGGGUGGGGCUUAUUUUCGAGGGUUUUGAAAUCGACUACGCUCACGCUAAGUUGAUACCGCUGUUAGCUUCGGAGGAAGAGGAUGCUAAGCUAACAGCCCCUCCCCAGUUUUACCCCACCUAUCCUGGGUACGUUUCCUCUGAAGACGGACCUGAAGCCAGUGAGGAGGGUCUGAAGGAACUGCACAGCAAAAUCACUCAGAGUUAAUAUCUGUAGUUCAUUUCUACUGAACUACAUCUCCCAUGAGUCUCAGACACAGAUGUGCUCUCAAAGCAUCAUGGGAGAUGUAGUUGUUAUUAUUUAAAUGAAUCCUUGUGAAAAUUAAAAAUGCUAAAUAUGAUUUAUCAGGAUUUGAUUUCACUUAACUACAUCUCCCAUGAGUCUCAGACAUACAUGUUCUCUCAAAGCAUCAUGGGAGAUGUAGUUGUUAUUAUUUAAAUGUAUCCAUGUGAGAAUAAAAAAUGCAAAAUGUGAUUUUUUUAUCUUUUAAUAAAAUGUUGAAACAGUUAAUUUAAAGAAAGAUUAUUAUUAUUUCUCUUUUUAAUUUUUUGCUUAAGGACAAUAAAAGCAAGGAUUUCCAAAUCUUUCUGUUAUUCAGUGUUUUCUUCUUAGCGUGUCGAUCAAACCCCUAACAUGUUUUUUCAAAUUCAAAUACACUUAUUUGAUGGACCACAAAGAGCAUUACACACACUUAUAAUACACAAUAUAAUACACAUUUUAACUGUAAAAGUAAUACCUCUUUCUCAUCUGUAAAACCACAGGAACACCUUCAACAUGUAAGGGAUUUAAUUUCCUGCUCCACUUCGUUAUCAGUGUCAUUUUUAACUCUUUGAAUAAGAUGUGCUUUGAUAAAAUCCAAAUGUAAUAAAAUGACUGCAUAU